AUGGCGGGUCGGAAGCGUAAACCAGCAACCGAGCCUACCAGUAGUGCAGGUGAAGGCGCCAAGAAACCUGUCAAGGAAAAGAAGAAAAAGAACGGGAAUCCACGGAAACCCAAGAAACCUGCUGAGGCCGAGGAAGAUGCACCCGAAGACGAGGCAUCGUCAAAGCUCAAGAUCAGUGGCACACGGCUACACGGCGCGGACUUAGAAUUAGUGGGGGUCAGAGUGGCCGGUUCUCGGCCGGUUCUGACACUCGGUCCUGAGACGGCAUCGGUGUCACUAUACGCUACAACGGUCGACUCCUCUCCGGUGCUACGUACUGCUGUCCAGCUGUCCAUGGCGGGUCGGAAGCGUAAACCAGCAACCGAGCCUACCAGUAGUGCAGGUGAAGGCGCCAAGAAACCUGUCAAGGAAAAGAAGAAAAAGAACGGGAAUCCACGGAAACCCAAGAAACCUGCUGAGGCCGAGGAAGAUGCACCCGAAGACGAGGCAUCGUCAAAGCUCAAGAUCAGAUGGGAAGACGAGAACCAUAAGCUUACUUGGUCACUCAUCACCGCCAUCACCGAUGACUCCGAGAUCAGGCAGGGUCUUUUCCCAGCUCCGGGUGCUAACAUCUCGACCAGCCAAGGCGGUGGUAAGCCUAAGGCCGACCACUACUGGGUGCUAUGCGUAGCUCUCUUCUCCGAGCACGAGGACUAUCGGGACCAUUUUGCUCGAGUCAACCGGGGAAGCGCCACCUCAACCAAGGAUCGCACCCUAUGGGGUGAUAAGAUCAAGAAUCGGCUGAGGAAGAUGGCUACGCAGGUGCGAGAGAUCAGAGAUCAGAUGGGAGAAACAGGUGAAGGCAUCGAGCGGAAGGAUGACUUGUGGGAAGAAUCGGAGCAAGCUAACAAGUGGCAGCUGCAUGAGAGCGAGUGUCCGUGGUACUGGGACAUGAAGGCCCUGAUCGGUCAGCGUCCCAAUCUGACUCCGACGGGACUCGGCAAUUCAGCAUCUACCAUUGAUCUUGAUGGGAACUCCGCUGCAGUGCCGUCUGACAGUGAACGCGAUGAGGCCGAAGACGCGGAUGGCGAGUCCGGCGAGAGCGAGUCCAAGAAGUCUGGCAACAUGUCCAAAGCUGUGCGCGAGAAGGCUGCCUCGCGUAGGGAGAAGAAGAAGACGCCGGCACGUCCAGGUACUUCCGUACCUGCACCUGCACCUGCCGUACAAAACAAGAAGUUCAAGCCCGAUUUCCAAGAGGUCGCGAAGGCCGAGGAGCUUACUUGUCAGCGUGAGCUUGAGCUGCAGAUUGAACAGACGAAGCUUAGUCUUGAAAAGACAAAGGCAAAUCUGGAGCUCCGGAAAGAGAAGACCAAGAUCAAGGGGGACUUGGCUCGACUGAGGAUGGAGCAGGAGCAUCAGCGGAAGAUGAUGAAGUACGCUCGUGUGCCAGGUCCUGCGCCGCUCUUCCAGCCUGGGAUCACCCAUCCGGCCUCGACAACAUCAGUGUCUCCCAGCUUGGGUGGUCUCUCGUUCGACACACUCAUGAUGGGUGGUGGUCAGGCUGGUGUCGGUCCGCAGAACCAUCAGGGUUUUGCGCUUGCUUCUACUCGUGCAAGUACACCUUACUCCUCUGAUGGCUAUGAGCUGGCGUCUGCCUCAAUGGAUGCCGCUUUCGGCCGCUCAAGUUCUGAGGAUCCGUUUACAGGGGAACAGCAAAACGAGAACAGGAUGCAUUCGGCGUUAUUCUAG